AGUCGUGAACCUUAGUAAAAGAGACCUGCCACUUCAGACGACCAUCUUUCCGUGGUGACCUGCAAGAGGCAGGAGGGCGCCCGCCCACCAGCAGGAACAUGAAGAGGGCCCUGGUCUUCCUGCUCGCUGCUGCCCUGGGGCAGGCCCUGGAGAGAGGCCGAGAUUAUGAGAAGGAUAAAGUCUGCAAGGAGUUUGCCCAUCUGGGAAAGGAUGAGUUCACAUCUCUGUCCCUAGUCCUAUACAGCAGAAAAUUUCCCAGUGGAACGUUUGAACAAGUCAAACAGCUCGUGACGGAAGUUGUCUCCUUGACUGAAGCCUGCUGUGCGGAAGGGGCUAACCCCGACUGCUACGACAACAGGACCUCGGCGCUGUCGGCGCGGUCCUGCGAGCGCGACUCCCCGUUCCCGGCGCACCCGGGCACCGCCGAGUGCUGCGCGCGCGAGGGCCUGGAGCGCAAGCUCUGCAUGGCGGCGCUCAAGCACCAGCCGCAGGAGUUCCCCACCUACGUGGAGCCUACGAACGACGAAAUCUGCGAGGCGUUCAGGAAAGAUCCGAAGGGAUUUGCUGACCAAUUUAUGUAUGAAUAUUCCAGCAAUUACGGACAGGCCCCCCUGCCGCUUCUGGUCAGCUACACCAAGAGCUACCUCUCUAUGGUGGGGUCCUGCUGUACCUCCCCCAGCCCAACCGUGUGCUUUUUGAAAGAGAGACUCCAGAUGAAGCCCGUGUCAGUUCUCACCACCAUGUCGAACAGAGUCUGCUCACAAUAUGCUGCUUACGGGAAGGAGAAAUCAAGGCGCAGCCAUCUCAUAAAAUUAGCCCAAAAAGUGCCCACUGCUGAUCUGGAGGAUGUCUUGCCACUAGCUGAAGAUGUCACGAAUAUCCUCACCAAAUGCUGCCCAUCCACCUCCGAGGACUGCAUGGCCAAGGAGCUGCCUGAACACACAGUAAAAGUCUGUGAGCACUUAUCCACCAAGAGUUCUAAGUUUGGGGACUGUUGUCAAGAAAAGACUCCCAUGGACGUUUUCAUGUGCACUUACUUCAUGCCAGCUGCACAGCCACCCGAGCUGCCGGAUGUUAAGCUGCCCACGGGUAGAGACGUGUGUGAUCAUGGGAACACUAAAGCCGUGGACCAGUAUACAUUUGAACUAAGCAGAAGGACUCACGUUCCAGAAGUAUUCCUCAGUAAAGUGCUCGAGCCGACCCUGAAAAGCCUGGGUGAAUGCUGUGAUCUCGAAGACCCUGCCACCUGUUUAACAGCUAAGGGCCCUCAGCUGGAGAAGGAACUGUCUUCUUUCAUUGCCAAAGGACAAGAACUAUGUGCAGAUUAUUCAGAAAACACAUUUACUGAAUACAAGAAAAAACUGGCAGAGCGACUGCGGGCAAAGCUGCCGGACGCUGAGCCCACUGAGCUGGAGGCCCUGCUGGAGAAGCGCUCUGACUUCGCCUCCAAGUGCUGCUUUGUGAACUCACCUCCUCUCUACUGUGACUCACAGAUUGAUGCUGAGAUGACCAAUGUCCUGCAGUCCCAGGCAUGAGCAUGAUCUUUGAGACUUAGAGCUGGAAUCACCUUGAAGAACAACCUCUCGUGGCUUUAGCAAAACCAGUGAGCUUCUGGAGAGACAUCUGGGAUACCCCUACCUGUUCCAGCUACAGUGUCUUCAUGCAAUGAAUAAGUAUUAUGAUUUACUUUCUAAAUAAAUUGAAAUCCAAUGCAAACCGUGAA